AGAGCAGUUGCUGCUUGUCGGUGACCAAACGAAUCACCGGUUAAUGCUUUCAAGCGACUAAGCGACAAUUCGCCCUGCAUGGUCAUGUGCCAGGCCCUAUAUGCGAUAUAGACCAUCGAUGCGGAGGUCUCUCGUCAUAUGAGCCUUUGCGGCGCGGGUUGAUGUCUACGAUAGGUAUUUCAGGAGUCUAUCCCUCAGGCACUUGAUUUAGGAAAACUUUCCUUGCUCAGGUCUGUUACAAUCCUACUCUGUUCUUUUGUUUCUCCAGGAUGAUGGGUAUCAAGCAUCUUGCAUCUGCGCUUGUCGCGGCUGCCGUGUGUAUCCAGACAUGCCUCGCCCAAACGCCAUAUACCGAUCCAAAGACGGGAAUUCAGUUCUCGACAUGGACAGAAGGUAGCGGGUACACUUACGGUGUUGCUCUCCCAGGAGAUGCCUUGACAAAAGACUCAACGGAGUAUAUUGGACUUCUGAGAUGUACAGCGGGCUGGUGCGGUCUUAGCCACGGCGAGUCUGGCCAAAUGACCCAGAGUCUACUGCUGAUAGCAUGGCCCUAUCAAGACCAGGUCGUCACCUCAUUCCGUUACGCGACUGGAUACAACCUACCUGGGGUCUAUUCAGGCGAUGCGAAAUUGACACAAAUCUCAUCUUCGGUCAACGGCUCUACCUUUGAGGUCAUCUAUCGAUGUCAAAAUUGCUACACAUGGAACCAAGACGGUCAAGCAGGAUCGGUUUCAACUAGCAGCGGUUUCUUAGUUCUUGGAUGGGCUCAGGCACAAGCUGCAGUGGCAACCCCUAGUUGCCCAGACACUACCUUUAGACAGCACGAUGCAUUUGGGCAAUAUGGCGCUCAGCUAAACAACUCUGUCAACACUAAUUACUCUCAAUGGGCAGCACUCGCUACCAAGAUCACAAAUGGUGCCUGCUCUACAACAACCACCGCACCAACUACGGGACCAACAACGACAACCGCUGUCCCUACUCCUACCGCAAAUUGCGCGGCUCCACCAAAAGACACGUAUGAUUAUGUUGUGGUUGGAGCCGGGGCGGGUGGUAUUCCGAUUGCUGAUCGCUUAAGUGAGGCUGGACACAGUGUGUUGCUUAUUGAAAAGGGCCCCCCAUCAUCUGGACGAUAUAAUGGCACACUGAAGCCGGAUUGGCUACAGGGAACUAACCUGACCCGGUUCGAUGUUCCAGGACUAUGUAACCAGAUCUGGGUGGAUUCCGCAGGUAUUGCCUGUACUGAUACGGACCAAAUGGCCGGUUGCGUCCUGGGAGGCGGAACCGCUGUCAAUGCAGGACUUUGGUGGAAAUCAAAUCCACUCGACUGGGACGAGAAUUUCCCCGCAGGAUGGCGUUCAAAGGAUGUCUCUGUAGCCGAACAGCGUGCAUUUGCACGUAUCCCAGGAACAGACAACCCAUCGUCGGACGGAGUGCUUUACCAGCAUGAGGGUUUCGAUGUCCUCGAAAGCGGCUUCGCAAAGGCCGGCUGGAAAGAGGUUAAACCUAACCAACAACCGACAGAAAAGAACCAUACCUACGGACGCACCCAAUACAUGUUCGACCAUGGUGAGCGUGGUGGCCCUAUGUCAACAUAUCUUCAGACUGCUCUUAGGAGACCUCACUUCAAACUUUACUUGAAUACUGCGGUGAAGAGAGUUGUUCGAGAUGGGGCCCACGCUAGUGGUGUUGAGUUAGAAUGCAAUGGUGACGGUGGCUUCGCUGGCACAAUUAAUCUCACCCCAAAAACAGGACGAGUUAUCCUAUCGGCAGGAACGUUCGGAUCGGCUAAGCUACUACUACGAAGUGGUAUCGGCCCUGCUGAUCAGCUAGCGAUCGUGGCCAAUUCGACAGAUGGCCCAACCAUGAUCGCCAAGAACUCAUGGAUCAAUCUUCCAGUUGGCUCAAACUUGGUUGAUCAUCUAAACACCGACGUCUAUGUAACUCAUCCCAGCGUCGAGUUCUAUGACUUUUACGCAGCAUGGACAGAUCCGAUUGCUUCAGACAAGGAGAAAUAUCUAAGCAACCGAACGGGUAUCUUUACACAAUCGGCACCAAAUAUCGGUCCAAUGUUCUGGGAUCAAAUCAAAUCUUCAGAUGGCGUUGUCCGACAACUACAAUACACGUCCCGUGUUGAGGGUGAGGACAAGACCGGAACUAACAAAACCUUGAUUAUGAGUCAAUACUUGGGUAGAGGAUCGACCUCGCGGGGCCGUAUGACCAUUACUGCUGGACUCAGCACUGUUGUUGCACAACACCCAUACCUACGCACCGCAGGUGACAAGGAGGCCGUUCUGAAGAGUCUGGACAAUCUUCGCGCUGCCUUGACGCCCACGAAUGUCAAGGAUUUGACUUGGGCUGUGCCAUUGGCAAACCAAACUACUGCCGAUUACGUAGAUUCUCUUGUCGUGAGUGCUGCCGCUCGAAGGUCAAACCACUGGCUGGGCACUGCUAAGAUUGGCCUCGAUGAUGGCCGUAAGAGCGGAACGGCUGUCGUCGAUCUCAACACUAAGGUGUACGGUACUGACAACAUUUUUGUGGUAGAUGCAUCCAUCUUCCCAGGCAUGAUGACGGGCAACCCUUCAGCUAUGAUUGUUACUGCCUCAGAGUACGCAGCACAGAGGUUACUCAAGUUGACUACCGCCGCAGCCAAGAGAGGGGUCGAGCUUACAGACUAAAGGGAAUGUAAAAACAUAUAUAUCGCACGGC